AUGUACGAGGACGUCAUGCUCAUGAGACUCCUGUACGGAGCGGAGACUUGGACCUUCUAUGCUAAUCAAGUUCGAAAACUAAACAAUUUCUAUCUCAGCUGUCUCUGCCGGAUAUUAUCCAGGACACGUAAGUCCUGGGCAGAACCGGGGUACUCAGCAUCCAGGCCAUACUCAGGCCAUACAGUUGCGCUAGAGUGGCCACCUGGUACCGAUGGACGACCAACGACUACCCAAGUAACACUUUUGGGCGAUGUCGCUGUAGAUGCUCGCCGCACAGGAGGACAAAUUAAGCGCAACAAGAACAAUUUGGAGGAUUCCCUGAAGCGUCCUCAGAUCAACACGGCGACCUGGGAGGAACUCGCACAGGACCGGUCUGUGGUAAAAACUGGCGCAGCAGUCUAA